CAGAUCUCUUGCCCACCCUCGAUCCAUUCAUGGUGCUACUUUCAGUCUAAAGCAUUCGAUCCUUCUCCUUCAUUCCAUUAGAGAGACGAGGAAAGCUCUCUCCUUUAGUCAUUCUUCUCUCUCAGGAGGCCAUCAUUAUCAGCCAGCGUAUCAGCGAAGAAAAGCGGAGAAGAGGAAGGGAGAUGACUCUGAAAUUCAGAAGUCCCUUGUCCGUUCAAUCUCAGAAGUUUCCAUCUUUCGGUCUUCCACCUCCGGCCAAUCUCAAAUGCCCCGUUCCCAAGGUUUACAUGCCUUCCAGCCUUCGCUCCCCCGGCAGCAAGGAAAUUGAAAACCUGAAGAAGCCUUUCGGCUCUCCCCGUGAGAUAGAUAUUCGGGUAACUCACUCCAUGCCACCAGAAAAGAUUGAGAUAUUUAAAUCCAUGGAGGAUUGGGCAGAGAAGAACAUCUUGGUACACCUAAAGCCUGUUGAGAAGUCUUGGCAACCACAGGAUUUUCUACCAGACUCUUCAUCAGAGGGAUUCUAUGAACAAGUCAAAGCAUUGAGGGAGCGAUCAAGGGAGAUUCCUGAUGAUUACCUUGUUGUCAUGGUUGGCGAUAUGAUUACCGAAGAAGCCCUUCCUACCUAUCAAACAUUCCUUAAUUCCCUAGAUGGUGUUCGCGAUGAAACCGGCGCAAGCCCCACUUCUUGGGCAGUGUGGAUCAGGGAAUGGACUGCUGAAGAAAAUAGGCAUGGGGACCUGCUCAACAAGUAUCUCUACUUGACUGGACGAGUUGAUAUGAAGCAAAUUGAGAAGACAAUUCAAUAUCUGAUUGGUUCAGGAAUGAAUAUAAGGACAGAGAACAACCCCUAUCUUGGGUUCAUCUACACAUCAUUCCAGGAGAGAGCCACCUUCAUCUCUCAUGGCAACACUGCCAGGCUUGCCAAGAAGCAUGGGGACCUGAAGCUGGCCCAGAUAUGUGGGACUAUUGCUGCUGAUGAGAAGCGCCAUGAGACCGCUUACACCAACAUUGUAGGGAAGCUUUUUGAGAUUGACCCAGAGGGUUCUGUCUUGGCUUUAGAAAAUAUGAUGAGGAAGAAAAUCCUGAUGCCUGCCCACCUGAUGUAUGAUGGAAGGGAUGACAAUCUUUUCGAUCAUUUUUCAGCUGUUGCACAGAGACUGGGGGUCUACACAGCAAAAGACUAUGCUGAUAUAUUGGAAUUUUUGGUCAGUAGAUGGAAUGUGGAGAAGUUGACAGGUCUUUCUGGUGAGGGAAAGAAAGCUCAGGAUUAUGUGUGUGGUUUGGCUCCAAAAAUUAGGAGGUUGGAUGAGAGAGUCCAAUGCCGAGCCAAACAAGCUCUUUCACUUCCUUUCAGCUGGGUUUUUGAUAGAGACGUGAAGCUUUAGGUGCAGCAUGGAAGCAAAGGUCUGCAUUUCUUUUCCUUUGAGAGCUCUACGAGGAUGCUAUGGCGUAUGCAGCAGGGGUGUCAAGUCUAUGUUAUGAUACAUGUUUCUUAUAAAUU